CUGAUUGGAUGCCUCGUGGGGGCGGGGCCGGGAUUGGGGCCCUCCGGAUGCCGUCUGCGUGGCGGAAGCGGAAAGCCCGGCUUUCUGAGAGCGGCCUGUUGUUGGGGACGCCUUCCUCAGCGGGGGAUGGGUGCAGCUACAAUGAGGCUGAAUCAGAACACCGUGCUGGUGGGCAAGAAGGUGGUCCUGGUACCCUACACGUCGGAGCACGUGCCUAGGUACCACGAGUGGAUGAAGUCAGAGGAAUUGAGGCAUCUGACAGCCUCAGAGCCGCUGACCCUGGAGCAGGAGUAUGAGAUGCAGCGUAGCUGGUGUGAAGAUGAAGACAAAUGCACCUUCAUUGUGCUGGAUGCAGAGAAAUGGCAGGCCCAGCCUCACCUCCCUGAAGAGAGCUGCAUGGUGGGAGAUGUGAACCUCUUCCUCACAGAUCUAGAGGACCCCAACUUGGGGGAGAUCGAGGUCAUGAUUGCAGAACCCAGCUGCAGAGGCCAGGGCUUUGGCACGGAGGCAUCUCUCCUGAUGAUGGCCUAUGGAGUGAAGAAGCUAGGACUGACCAAGUUUGAGGCGAAAAUUGGGCAAGAAAAUGAACCUAGCAUCAGGAUGUUCCAGAAACUUCACUUUAAGCAGGUGGCUGUGAGCAAUGUCUUCCAGGAGGUGACACUCAGGCUGGCAGUGAAUGAGCCAGAGCAGAAGUGGAUUCUGGAGCAGACGAACCACAUGGAAGAGAAACCCUACAGAGCAGGAUGCAGUGACAACUGCCCAGUGUGAGCAGGAGGGUUAGAACUGCCCACUGUACCCAAGGCCAGACAGCUGCACGGGAGAUAGAUGUACAGUACCUUCAGUCUGCUCCAGACCCUCCUGAGCCGGAGCAUGCCUUGGCCGCCCCUGGCAGGCAGUGGCUAAGACUCCUUCCUACUCCCAACCAUAAGCUAACUGCACUGGAACAGAUGGCUGUAGUCCAGCAAAGUCAGGGUGGAGGUGGGAACUGGAGGCUGGGUCUGAAGAACCAGCAUUUCCCUGGGGCCCUGGCUGAGUAAAACACUUGUUUUGGCA